GCCCAGCCUGGAGGGGCCGCUGCUGGGCUGCUUACUACUCCAGUUGCCGCCAUGAUCCCUCCCGCGGACUCUCUGCUCAAGUAUGACACCCCGGUGCUGGUGAGCCGGAACACGGAGAAACGGAGCCCCAAAGCUCGGCCACUGAAAAUCAGCCCCCAGCAACCUGGACCCUCAGGUCCAGUCCCACAACCACCAAAGACCAAGCUCCCCACAACUUCCUGUAUCCCAGAUCCUACAAAGCAAGCAGAAGAAAUCUUGAAUGCCAUCCUGCCUCCAAGGGAGUGGGUAGAAGACACGCAGCUAUGGAUCCAGCAGGUGUCCAGCACCCCCAGCACCAGGAUGGAUGUCGUACAUCUCCAGGAGCAGCUGGACCUGAAGCUGCAACAGCGGCAGGCCAGGGAGACUGGCAUAUGCCCUGUCCGCAGGGAGCUUUACUCGCAGUGUUUUGAUGAGCUGAUCCGUGAGGUCACCAUCAACUGUGUGGAGAGAGGCCUGCUGCUGCUGCGAGUCCGCGAUGAGAUCCGCAUGACCAUCGCUGCAUACCAGACCUUGUAUGAGAGCAGCGUGGCGUUCGGCAUGAGGAAGGCGCUGCAGGCCGAGCAGGGGAAGUCAGACAUGGAGAGGAAAAUUGCAGAAUUAGAAAUGGAAAAGAGAGAUUUGGAGAGGCAAGUGAAUGAGCAGAAAGCAAAAUGUGAGGCCACCGAGAAGCGGGAGAGUGAGAGGAGACAAGUGGAGGAGAAGAAGCACAACGAGGAUAUUCAGUUCCUAAAGCGGACGAAUCAGCAGCUGAAGGCCCAACUGGAAGGCAUUAUUGCACCAAAGAAGUGAUAAUUUCCAUAUGGGUCUCACAAGCAUGACUACCCCGUCAUAAGCCCUUUGUAAUAAAAAGCUAGUUUCCUGAGUGAACAAGCCAUACCCUCCCGAGCACCACCUACGUAUUUGUCAGAAGUCACAGUAUUGCUCCAGUGUCAUGAAACACCUGUCUGGCGGCUGGGCUCCCACUUGGCAGUGGACGGUGGUGUAGCCCAGAUGGUCUCAGAAUGCGGCAGCCUUGGCAUUUGCCAACUCAAGUAGUUAAGAUUUAGAAUUCGCCCCUUUCUGCUGUAUCCCUCACGGGUGAAGCAACUUUCUCAUCACUUAGUACCAUCAUUUAUUUCUGGCCAAGUGAAGCUGCUUCUCUGUCCCAUUUCUGGUCCACAAUUCGUCUUGCACUUUAACUUGGGAUUCUCUGGCCUUUCCCUUAUUUGAUGUCUUUCCAUCAUCCCUGACUCAGUGCAGUUCUAGUAACUCAUUUUGGAGUUUGGGGUUUAUACUGUAUCAUCUGACCCCUUCCUCCUUAGUUUCCGACUGCCUGGGUGAGGAGGCAAUGGCAGUCAAACCCCUGGCUUAUGAGAAAGUAAAUGUUUGCUGGAAAGAACUGCAAGUCACAAUGUCCACUGUGAGCUGCUUGCACCUUAGCUCUUCCCCAACACUGAUUUGUUCACUUUAUUCUGCAGACAAUCAACCCCUGGCCCUCCAUCCCUCUAACUAGCCAUGUUUAAUUAACAAUGGGAGUGCUGCCCAAACCUCACAUGCAGUUCUAAUUACUAAUGACCGGGCUAUGGCCUGUAGACAACUACAUUUUACUAUCCUCUUAAGUUGAACUGAAGUUUGAAGGCUCAGGACUCUUCUGGUUCUGUAGGCCCAGAAAACUAAAAGAGCGGACCCAGAUGGGCUAGGGUAGCAAGCUGAGUGACUUCUGCCAUUCAGUCAAAUUUCACAAGUAACAUACCUAAGAAGGCACCAACAUGGCACUAACAUUCCCAAUUGGUUGGAAUGCCUCAAGUGCUUAGUAUUCCCCCGAAGAGGUGUGAAGGGGGGCUCUCCUUAGUGGAGCCUUGACCCAACACCCAUCCUGGCUAAGACUUCAAGUCUCACUGAGGAGAUGCUGUCCGACAAGAAGGGCUGGGUUCUACCAAGGCAAACAGGCCCCACACUUGACUCUCAAAUCUGAAGCCACAGCUUCUACGCUCACGCAGGUAUCCUGAGGAAUUCUAAGACCCUACUGAAAUGACCUGUCUGUGCUCUGUCACUUUAAUGGAGAAGAAUGCUGGUUAUUGACACUGUGCUAGUUCCACGACUCCCUGACAGUGAAGCACUUAUGUCCUCACUGGAUCCACCUAACAGCCUCAAUGAGGGACAACAGAAACUGCUGUAGCUUUUUCCUCCUAUUUUAAAGCCUAGACCAUGUACACUACAUCUUCAAAUUUUCUUGUUACGGUUCUAUUCCAAAUAGCUCCUGUUCCAAAUUGCUAAUUGCCAGUACAAAAGAAACACCAUACUUUUCCAUCUUAUAGACCUCGUCCCUGUUUCUGUCAGCCACUUACAUGACAGGGUUACACUCUGAAGGAAUUAAGAAGGCUGAUUCGAGUGUUAGAAGUGCGACUGGUCCUCACUGUUGAAAUCUUUGGGGCUGAAGGGCUCUCUCUCUAUUUUCACUGGCACUAGUGAAUGGUUUCAACUAUCAAACCUCAGAACAAAUGCUUUGUGGCCUUGGAAAUGCCAACUGGGCAU